GAAUGCAGAUUUUAAGUAGCAAUAAUAUGAAGGAUCGUUAGGUGAGAAAAUAAUCGCGAAAUCCAUCAGACACGUGCAUCUCAGUGCGUGUUGUUUUUGUGUACUGCGGGUAAAAGCCCACACGGUGUCUGGUCUGACGCUCUUUGUCAUGUCAUCCAUACAACAUGAAAACACUUGAAGUUAAUGGAAGAAUCAGUAAAUCUCCACCCCGGCAUUCCCUCAGACUUGACUGUUGGCUGAGCUGAUAAGUCCCUCUUUAUUCCGCCGCCUGCUGCCAUAAAAGCGCCAGGGAGCUCAUUGUGCGGAGUGAUCUGAUACGGACUACACCCAGCCGCUGCCUCACUGCCCUGGCUUUCUUUGCUGCCCCAGCCUUCGCGUUGCUCAACGUCGAAGUGUGGGUUAGAUUGGAGACUCUAAAUUAGUCUGCGGGCUUUCUUUCAUUCUGUCUUGCCUCUUAUUUGGCGACAACACUAAAAAAUAGGUGUAGUUUUUUAAAUUAAAUAUAUUUAUAUCAUCAGUUUCUUGAAAAUGUCUUGGCAAAGCUACGUGGAAAACCUGAUGGCCGAUGGCAGCUGUCAGGAUAGCGCCAUUGUUGGUUAUAUGGACGCCAAAUAUGUUUGGGCAGCACAUGCCGGUGGUACAUUCAACAAUAUCACGUCUCAGGAAAUAGACGUCCUUAUCGGUAAGGACAGGGAGACCUUUUAUACCAGCGGUCUCACUCUGGGCUCAAAGAAGUGUUCAGUCCUCAGAGACAGCCUCCAGGAUGAGGGCGACUGGACAAUGGAUAUCAGGACAAAGAGCCAAGGAGGAGAACCUACAUACAAUAUCUCUGUGGGAAGAGCCGGCAAAGUUUUGGUUCUUGUAAUGGGCAAAGAAGGGGUCCAUGGAGGCGGAUUGAAUAAGAAGGCUUACUCAAUGGCAAAAUACUUGAGGGAUUCAGGGUUUUAAUGAUUUCAAGCUCACUUAGCUAAAAUUUGAGGGACAUAAAGAAGAGAAAAGAAAUAUUGCUGUUAAGAUUUCUCCUGAAAGCAGUCAAAUGUCUUGGAAACUUUUAAUAGCAAUGAAGAGUGGUAAGAUGCUGUGUCACCUUUGUUCCCCCCUCCCCCAUCCAUCCUGUAGGGGGAGGGAGACUCUUCAAUUCUGUUCAUUUCUCUUUUUUUCCUUGUGUGCUCCAGUAUUGGUUAUAGUCAUGGGAAAGGAGGCGGUCCAUGGUGGAAAUCUUAACAAGAAAGCACAUGCAAUGGCUGAGUACCUGAGGAAGUCUGGAUAUUAAGCAACCUCUCCACCCGUUCGUCACCUUAGCAGCUCACUACCACUCACCGUAUUGUGUUGACACUACUUCCAGGAUUAGGUGGCAUACAGUGUUACUUCCUAUCCAGUCUACUUUUAUACACAACCUUUUGUUUGCUUAACCCUCCCAACACCACCCUCUUUAUUUAUUUUUAUUUUUUUUUAAUGUUCCCCACUUAAACAUUGUACUUCUGAUGUUUCUGACACUACAGUAAUGGCAUGUUCAUUGAAAUGUUAACCACAAGUGUGCAUCAAAUAUGAUCGCAAAGUGUAAUAAAAGCGUUCAACAAAUUUGGACUCGCCUUGUAUAACAUUCACUGCAGCAAGUGGCUAGUAUUUGAACAGGAAGUACACAUGUGAUGGUGGUGAAGGUGCAUAAUUACGCAUUUUCUUUCCCCUUCUUUUGAGCAUUACUAAAAGAUGCUGGGUUAUUUUUUUUAAUUUUUUUUUUUUUUUUUAAAAUCAGCAUGUUGGCAUUUAAAAGUUGCAUGCAUACUCUCUGUAACACUUGGAUCCCAGCCCGGCUCCCUCCUCUGUCCUAGCGCAGUAUUCCAGCCAAAACCAUCUUCUCAUCUGCUUCCAUUAAAGAAAUGACAAACUUCCUCUAAAGUCCUGUAUGUGUGUACCGAUUCGCCGCCCUCGCCGCACAACUUCUUCAACCCUCCAUCACAUGCUUUUCUUUGCUGUUGUACCUGAAUGUGGUCUUAAAAGUUAACGAUGUGGUGUUGGGCUGUUGUGUAAGGUCACCCAUUACUGAGGUCGUCGUCUCACUUCACUAUAUUUCGGGAGUCUCUGCAGACAUUCCACCUCUGUGCCAGCUGAGACGUCUGUCAUCUCCUGCUAUCUGUAAAUUUUGCUGUAAAAUCACUACAUGCAUACACACCCCUCUCCCCCACAAGUCUCCCUCCCUUUGGACCAAUUGUCAAUAUAAAAGGGUUAUCAGAGCUCCUUCAGCUUAUUCUGAUGGAUGAUUGUUGGCAUCACCUGUUGACUGUAAAUCAUUAAGACGACUACUUGAGAUGACUGUAAAACAUGUAACUGCUUCUUUAGACUUCAACACUACUUAAACUUCUCAUCACUAAUUGAUUUGUCGCUAACUUCUUGUUCAUUAACCGAUGAAACUGAAAUGUCAUUGUACUACAGUAUGAAUGCAUUUUGACUGUAAACUGAGGCUGCUGGGCUCCAGCGCCUUGGGAUUAUUUGCCUUGUGCUUUAGUCAUCAAAGGUGUAUUCACAAAUUGUCAUAGUACGGUACGUAGAAGUAUAUUUAAAAGAAAAAAAAAAGAUGCUGUGUACACUAAACAUAUUGAAAAUGGUGUUGGUUGGAAUAAGAACAUUUGUAAGUUGUCUUGUGAAUUUUUUUUUUCUGAGAAUAACUGUGUAUUCUGUGCCAUAAAAAAAAAAAAAAAUCAAUAUCUGAUGAUCUGUUGCUACCACAAGUUGGAUUUUUAAACUGCUGCCCCAGCAAGAAGUAACUUUUAAUGGCACUUUUCCUAAGGGAUAUUUUGGCAUCAGUAAUCUCCAGACUUUGUGGAAUAUGUACAGAAUUAAACGACGGGGGGGAAAAAAGUUUGGAAUAUUUUGUCCACUUUUCUUUGAGUGGGAAGUUUCCUUCUGCCACAAAAUCUGCUGUUUCAAAUGCCAUGCAUCGAUGAGACGUCUUGUUUACAGACAGAUCAAAUAAACAUUAUUCCAACCAGAGGGAAAGCCA